ACCUCUCCCUGCGGAUAUAACCGCGGUUCUGCCAAAAGACAGACACAAAGGAACGACGGAUAUGAAUUCGUUUUCAACAGGGAGCUGAAGCUGGACCGUCAACACGGAUGAGCCCUGUCUCACUCACUCCUCUUCAUGCCUCCAUGGCGUGCGUUUCCCCUUUUUUUUCAGUCAACAAUUAAUCAGAGACCAACGCUCGAUGACCGAACGUGGUCCAUAUCUUUCACAGCUGUAACUGCUUUACGCAAUUUGAGAUCGGCUACCUGGACUUGACAAGACCGGACAGAAGCAGUGUUUCCGAAAACCGUCCAACGAUCAAGACUUUUCUUGCGGAAAAGAGAAGCAUUUUGGUGACUCAUAGGCUACUCUUGAAUUAUUAGCUUUAUGUUGACUCUUACUGAGAAUUCAUGCGCGCCUUGACUUCAAUGUGGGACUCCUGCGUUUUUUGCAUUCCGCCUUUUGGAUGGUGAUAACCACGCGACAGAAAAUCCCGCGCUGGUUUCCCGCACGUUCUGGCAGUUAGUCGUUAAAUAGCUAUUACUUGCCUAUUGCCAGGUGUAUCGGAGAUGCCACAGGUGCAUGGUAUGGAUUUUAUAUGAAGCAGAUGCUCAAAGUAACAUAUUAUUCAGUGUACGAAAUUGAACGAGUACAUGAUUCUGUAGCGUGUGUUUUUUUUAUCAGCUUGGAUAGAUAGUUGAAUACGGCUGUGAGGCGAAGUAAUUUACCCGCCUUCUGAACUGCAAACAACUUCAAUGUCCCUCCGCAUUCUGUAUAGCUAUUAACCCAGGCUCUAACACAAUGGACCUCAAAGUAGAAUCAGAAGAAAUGGACUGCAAAAAGCCACCCGCUAUUGAAGUUUUUGCGCACAACUCAACGCUGCACGGAAUUUCGCACAUCUUCACCUAUGAGCGAGUCUGCGUCAAGCGCUGUCUAUGGGUUGUGUUCUUCCUGGGCUCCUUGACUUUAUUAAUGUUUGUGUGCGUGGACCGUAUACACUUCUACCUGGAGUAUCCGCACGUCACCAAACUGGACGAGAUCUCGACCCCGAUGAUGGUGUUCCCCGCUGUCACGUUCUGCAACCUAAACUUUUUCCGCUUCAGUCACGUGACACGCAAUGACCUGUACCACGCAGGGGAGCUACUCGCGCUGCUCAACCAGAGAUAUGAAAUUAGGGAUACCCACCUGGUGGAGGACAGUGUUCUGGAGGCCCUGAAGGACAAAGCUGACUUCCACAACUUCAAGCCCCGCCCAUUCAACAUGCGCGAGUUCUAUGACCGCACAGGACAUGACAUCAAGGACAUGUUGCUGGCGUGUCACUUCCGAGGGGCCGAGUGCAGAGCCGAGGACUUCCAAGUGGUGUUCACUCGCUAUGGGAAGUGUUACACGUUCAACGCGGGGGGUGAGGGCCGCACCCCUCUCAUAACUACCAAGGGAGGGAUGGGUAACGGGCUGGAGCUCAUGCUGGACAUUCAGCAGGAUGAGUACAUCCCAGUGUGGGGAGAGACGGAUGAGACCACGUUUGAGGCUGGGAUCAAAGUUCAGAUCCACAGUCAGGAGGAGCCUUCCUUCAUCGACCAGCUGGGCUUCGGGGUGGCACCUGGGUUCCAGACCUUUGUUUCCUGCCAGGAACAACGGCUGAUAUAUUUGCCCCCACCCUGGGGGGACUGUAAGGUGACACGGAUAGACUCAGAAUUCUUUGAGUCCUACAGCAUCACCGCCUGCCGUAUCGACUGUGAGACGCGCUACCUGGUAGAGAACUGUAACUGUCGCAUGGUACAUAUGCCUGGAGAUGCCCCAUACUGCACCCCUGAGCUGUACAAAGAGUGUGCUGAUCCAGCUCUUGACUUCCUGGUGGAGAGAGACAACGAUUUUUGUGUGUGUGAGACACCGUGCAACAUGACCAGAUACAGCAAAGAGCUGUCCUUCGUCAAGAUCCCCAGCAAGGCCUCUGCCAAGUAUCUGGCCAAGAAAUACAACAAGUCAGAGCAAUACAUAGCUGACAAUAUCCUGGUUCUGGACAUCUUCUUUGAGGCUCUAAACUAUGAGAUGAUCGAACAGAAGAAAGCCUAUGAAGUAGCAGGACUUUUAGGUGAUAUUGGUGGUCAGAUGGGUCUUUUCAUUGGAGCCAGUCUCCUUACUAUUCUGGAGCUGUUUGACUACAUCUAUGAGGUGAUAAAGUACAAGCUCUGUCGAAGCUCAGAGAAGAAACACAAACACAGCAACAACGACCAGGGAGCUGUUCUGAGCCUGGACGAUGUGAAAUGUCACUCUCUCCGUGACAAUUCCCAUCCACCACCUCCAUACUCUGCCAAUAUGCUACCUUAUCACACAGAGCGGAGCAACUCAGAGGACUUCACCUGCUGAGCCAAUUAGAACACAAGGUAGUAAGGAAGUGGAUCAUUUCAGCUUCAUUCAGAAGUAGACAGAUGUCAGAGUAUAAGGCUUAUUUGUACAGAAUCUUGAUGAUGGGUAAUGUGUAACACUUCAAUAGCACUUAGAUCUCCACUGGUGCAAGAUUAGUGAUAGCCACGUAUAGCUUGCUUGAUGAUAAUUACUGCAGCCCACAACGUCAUUGAAACUUGCUAUUUCAUCCCAUGUAUACUGAGCAAAUAUUUAGUCUAAACAUGUAACAAUUUCAACAAUUUUAAUGAGUUACAGUUCAUAUAAGGAAAUCAGUCAAUUGAAAUAAAUUCAUUAGGCCCUAAUCUACGAAUUUUACAUGACUGGGCAGGGUAGCAGCCAUGGGUGGGCCUGGGAGGGCAUAGGCCACCCACUUGGGAGCCAGACCCAGCCAAUCAGAAUACCGAAAUACUCCUCAGCUUCAUCAGCUGUCUGGGUGACUGGUGUCAGAUCAUCCUGCAGGUGAAGAAGCCGGAUGUGGAGGUCCUGGUGUGGUUGCACGUUGUCUGUGGUUGUGAAGCCGGUUGGUCGUACUGCCAAAUUCUCUAAAACAAUGUUGGAGGCAGCUUAUGGUUGAGAAAUGAACAUUCAAUUCUCUGGCAACAGCUCUGGGGACUUUCCUGCACUCAGCAUGACAAUUGCAUGCUCCCUCAAAACUUGAGACGUCUGUGGCAUUGUGUUCUGUGAAAGACUGCAUAUUUUAGUGGCCUUUUAUCGUCUGCAGCACAAGGUGCACCUCUGUAAUGAUCAUGCUUGUUUAAUCUGCUUCUUGAUAUGCCACACCGGUCAGGCGGAUGGAUUAUAUUGGCAAAUAAGAAAUGCUCACUAAAAAGAAUGUAAACAAAUUGUGCACAACAUUUUUCUGCAUAUGGAACAUUUCUGGGAUUUUUUAUUUCAGCUCAUGAAACAUGGGACCAACACUUUACAUGUUGCGUUAUAGUUUUGUUCAGUACAAAAUACAAUUGUUCUUGUAUUGUCUUCUGAGAAUGUCAUUUUACUUGGGCUACAUGUAGAUAUAGAAACCAGGACUAAGGGAUUUUGGCUUUGGUUGUGUGAUAGUGGGAAAUGUCCUCUGAUCAACUUGUAGAUAUUGGUUGAAUGUGUGAUGAGAACUUCAGGGCUCACCACUGGGUUGCAUGUAUGUCAUCAUAAACUGUGUGUUAUCUGUAAGCAGUAUAUUGGCAUGUUUGUCCAUGUUACAUCUGUU